GUUUCAUGUAAGAGUUUCUUUACUUUCAAUAGCCGAUAGUUAAAAUUUAUACCAAGGCAAGGUGUACUUCGAUAAAUGUAACAGAAAAAUUGGUAUUUCCCCACGAUAUAUUAUAAUAUUAUUUUUUAGUUUUAAACAAUACAUAAUACCAGUCUUACCAUAUUGAACCAACUAACUUCGAUUGAUGAAGACGAAACAUAAACUUUACCAGCUAUCGUAGCGUUGUACUGACUACUGACUUUCACUUGAUAUUUUUACCGCUGUUUUUAGUUUAGUUUAGUAUUUAAGUUAAUUUUUAAAAUCAUUAUUGGUAGCCGCAUUAUUAUACUGUUUCAUUAAGAUUUGUUAAAAUAUGCACCAAAGCUAUUUUUAUGGUAAUUAUAGACAUAAUUAGGCCUAUAUUUUAAUUCAUAAUUUUAAUCACAGUAAUUAGAACACACAAAAUGUUUUGUUAAUUUAUUUCACAGCCUCAGCUGGAUUUUAAUUUUCGGAUGUGCACAUAUUAAUCUACUUACUUUAGCAAAAAAGAAGCUGGGUAUAAUUUUUCAGACUAUGAUUUCCCCUUUCCCCCCACAUCCCUGCCUAGAGCCUAGGGUGACCAAAUCAUGAACUGGAAAUUACGGGACACACCCAAGGAAAGUUUGAGGGGGCAGGGGGCCUCCACCGGAAACUGUUUAUUGAAAUAUGCUCAUUUUAACUAUUUUGAGCCCUAGAAAUAUUUUUAAAUUUAGCUUCACUUUUGAAAUUUCAUUUAAACUCUGAGACAUUUCACCAACGAAAACAAUAAUUUUGCAGCAUCGACAGAGUAGUGGAGGGGGAACAGUGCAGCCAUCACGCAAGCCAACAUCACUACUGGCCCUGGCUACACAGCUAGCCAAAAUAUUACUUGAAGUUAUACUAUAAAUUAGGAAGUUUUAGUGAUUUGAAAAUGUGCUUGGUUUUAGAAACGGGACAUUUGGCAUCCCGAUAGACUUUUUCGGUGCACCGGGUAAGAUAAUGAAAAAACGGGACAAUCCCGUGUUUACGGGACGUUUGGUCACCCUAAUCUAUACUAGGUCUAUAUUAUAACUUAUAAUUUUAUAGUAAUAUGGAACUUUUUUUUAUAAAGACAUCAUUUUGAAACUCUUCUAAAGCUUUGAUGGUAUUUUCCAAAUCUUUGAAAGUAUAAAAAUAGCAAUUUAAAGCCAAAAUUUUUUCAGGAUUUAUUAGCGGUGUUGUCACUAGUAUGAACGAGUAAUAAAUGAACAGGGCAAUAAUACGCCAGCAUCAUUUAAAGCAGGUUUUUAAAAUUCUGGCUUUGGUUGGAUUUGAUUGGCUGGACUACCAAUAGCUCUCUAGAAGUAGUAGAAGCUAUUGGUAGUUUACUACAAAUAGCUCCCUAGAAGCUAUUGGUAGUAAACUACCAAUAGCUUGGUGCAGACCAUUUGUCCAUUAUUACAGAUAAUGAUAUUUUAAUUUAUGCACCAUAUCCAUGAUCCUGGUAAUAUGCUCUUAGCCAAAAUACUGGCCUAUUAGUACUAUGACUUCAUUUAAUUCAUAUUAAUAAUACUAUUAUGGUAUUCUUUUAAAAUUAUUAGCAUCCCAGUAUCAGUAACAUUUGAGACAUUUGUUGAGUUUGCUAUCACAAAAAAUACUAUUUUAAAAAUUCAAAAUAUCAAGCUUGUUAUUGUCCAUUGUUUCUUGUACUAAGCAUGACUGGAAUUAAGGUUUUGCCUGAAUUUAAAAUGUUUCUAGCCUUUUAAAAGGCAUAUAUAUCUGACUAUAAAAAGGGAUACAAAUUUGUUCAGCACAAGGCCAAGUAGUUGAAGAUACCAUAAACAUACUAUUUGCUGAAAGCACUAAACUAAUACUCUUAUCCUGGUUGGUGUUACGCUAUUUAAAGUUUUAACUUUAACCAGUAGCUCUAACUCUAAUGAAUGACUAUUCAAUAUAUAUGCUGAUUUGCGUUUUUAUUAAAAUUCCAAAUAUUAUUAAAAUAGUCUUAAUGACAUUUUCAUUUAGCUUUAUUUUUUAUCAAUAGUUUAGAAAUUAUUUAAUUUCAUGUACAGAUUCUUUUAUACAAUUUUUUUUAACUUAGCUACAUUGAUUGGCAUAACUAUUAUCAUGCUAAUCUUUAUAAAUAUUUCAGAUUUUCCAAGAUAUAUUAUAUAAAAGAAAACAUGUUUGGAACAUCAUCAGGGUUUGGGCAGUCAAAUCUUUUUGGGACUGCCACAAAUGCAGUUAAUUCAAAUCCAAUGAAAGAUGUUGAGGUACAAAAAAAAAAAGCAUGGUUUAGCUGCAUUGAAAUGUCAUAAUGAUUUAUUAAACAUUUAAAGUAUUGUAUAAAAUUCUAAUAAUUUUCAGUUAUUUACUACUUUUUCUCUCUUUAUUUUAUAGAAUAUCUCACAGAAGAAUUGUUAUCUAUAAAGAAAAAAUAAUUUUUAUUUACAUCAGGUGAGCUCUCCACCAGAUGACAGUGUGAGCUGCCUUAAAUUUAGUCCUGGUGUUCUUGCCUCAACUUUCCUGGUUGCUGGUAGCUGGGAUAAUCAUGUAUGGGAUAAUAUAGUUUUUUUAGCUUUCACCUUCAUUGUAUUUUAGUUGAUUCAAAUCAAAGGCCCUAAUUAAAUUAUUUUUUAAAAUGCUGAAGAUUUUAUUUAUUAUAGUUAAAAAGUAAUUAAGUGGCUGAGGACAAGAAUCCAAAGCUUAUUAAAAUUUCAGUGUGAAUAAAUCAAUGAUAUUAUGGAUUAUUUUUAACUGGCAGGUCAGAUGCUGGGAAGUUCAACAAAAUGGACAAACCAUACCAAAAGCACAGCAAACACACACAGGACCUGUAUUAGAUGUAGACUGGAGUGAUGUGGGUUAUCUUUUGAAAUUAUACUCAUUAUAUUAUUAAAUGUAAAUAACACAUUGUGUAAUAUAUAAAAUAAUGUCGAAUUGACUCAUCAUCAAGCAUAGUAAUCGUUUGAUCUUUAAAUUUGUUAUAAGGAUGGCACUAAAGUAUUUACUGCAUCAUGUGACAAGACAGUAAAGAUGUGGGACCUCAACAGUAAUCAGGCAAUGCAAGUUGCUCAAGUAAAAAAGAAAUUUAAUUUAAUUUUUAAUAAAUUUUAAGUUUUUUCACUAUAAGGAAUUGAGAUAGAUGUAAAAUUGCUUAUGACUGAAUAUUAAAUAAAUACACAAACAAAGUUAGUAAUGUUAUUUUUAGAUAUAAUAUUUUAUCACAAUGUAAUCAUAUAUUUUCCUAUAACCAGUGUAUUAAUUUUUCAAUGGUUUUAGCUGGAAACUAAAAUUUAUCAGAGUAGCAAUGCUCAAAAUAAGAAAGAUUAUACUUUUUAUUAAUUUUUUUCGGUUUAAGUAAUAAAAAACAAUUGCGAAGAUUUAAAGAGUAUUUUCGUAACACACAGCAUGAUGCUCCUGUUAAAACAGUACACUGGAUCAAAGCUCCUAGCUAUAGCUGUGUGAUGACUGGCAGCUGGGACAAAACACUUAAGGUAAACAAAAUAGCAAACUUAUAAGCACAACCCUCGUCUACAGAACUUUCUAUGGUUUGAUGAUAUUGUUUUUUAUAGGUUAAAUUGGAAUUAGCUCCCAUCUGAAUACCAAUCUUUUGGACACAAUUAUGUUCUAAUAUUUUUUAUAUUUGAUCCCUGAAUUAUGUACUUAUGUUAUUUUAUAUUCAUGGGAAAUUUUACUUUGAAGAAAAUUCUUUUGUUUUUAAGUUUUGGGACACAAGGUCAUCCACUCCAAUCCUCAGUAUCCAGCUACCAGAGAGAGUUUACUGUGCUGAUGUGGUAUGCACUUACAACAUAAGUUUCAUUUAUAUUUUAGUUUUACUUAAACCUUUAUAGACAACCAUUCAUAAAAUAAAACAAAGACUUUUAAAAAUCACUAUUAAUUUUUUGAUUGUGCCCCUAAAUAUCUAGGCUGCUGAGUGCAACAUAUUUUAAAGAUCCCACAAAAAAGAAUAAUUGAUUAAUUUUGUUCAUAAUGAGUCCACAUCAGAUAAGAAUUGAUUCUAAUCACUCCAUGCCAAAUUUGAAAUUAUCUUCAUUUGCUUGAUGUUUUAUACAUAUAUGUUAUUUAUCAGAAAUAUCCAAUGGCAGUUGUUGGUUUAGCAGGGAGAGCAAUAAUAAUCUAUCAACUAGAUGUUCAACCUCAGGAGUUCAAACGAAUGGAAUCACCUCUCAAAUAUCAAGUAUUUUUAUUUUAAAAAAUUGUAUUUCCAUUACCAAUACAAAUUUACCCCUUAAUUUAUGUUGCUCUUUUUUAAUGUAUAUCUUUUAGCAAGAUCUGUUAUGACUCUUUAUAAUUAUAAACUUCAAGGACAGCAUUUUUAAAAAUUGAUUUCAUUCACUAGAAAUAACAAAUGACAUUUAAAAUGUGGAAGUUAAUAACAUAACUCUUAAAUAACAUUUUGUUUCUAAUUUAUUCAUUAGUGUCCUUGUGUUUUGUAAAUGUACAUUUUUGAAGUAUGAAAAAAGAAGCUUGUGUCUCUUAUUUUGAAAUGUAAAAAAAAUAGUGAAUACUGGUACCCUUAAAUUGUACCAAUAUAUAAUGGACAAUAAAUUCACUUCAUUUUUUAAUGCUUAACUUUCAGCAUCGUUGUGUGAGUAUUUUCAAUGAUAAAAAGACCAAUGCACCGACUGGUUUUGCUCUCGGAAGCAUAGAAGGAAGGGUUGCCAUACAAUAUGUUAAUCCUACAAAUCCCAAAGAUAAUUUCACUUUCAAAUGUCAUAGAUCAAAUGUUGCACCAAAUGGAGGAUUUCAAGAUAUUUAUGCAGUAAGGCUAAAGUCAUCAUUUCUUGUUCUAAUGUUCAUUUAAGAAGUAUUUUAUAAAAUAUAUUUUAUCUUUGAGCAGUCUAAAAACGUAUUUUGAUGUAUUUAAGAGAUAUUUUAUCUUUGUGCAACUGGUAAUGGCGUAUUACUUUAUUUCAUAUUGCAAAUCUUUCUAGCUACAUAGUUUUUAAUAACUUUAUUUUAAGAAGCUGCUGUAGAUACUGCUUCAGUCCUUACGCAUGGCUUCCAUCCUUGUUAUCCAUCUUUAUUAUCCUCAGGUAAAUGACAUCUCUUUUCACCCUAACCAUGGUACACUUGCUACUGUUGGCUCGGAUGGACGAUUCAGUUUCUGGGAUAAAGAUGCCAGAACAAAGUUAAAGACGUCAGAGCAGUUUGACUUGCCCAUUACCACAUGCUGCUUCAAUGCCCAGGGGAAUAUUUUUGGUUAUGCCUCAAGUUACGACUGGUCUAAGGUAGAAUGAUUUUUAAAUUCUCAGUACUGCUUUAUUUUAAUGUCAUUUUCCAAAUUAAUGUCUCACUAAAAACUAAACCACUUCCCUUACUUUUGAGAGAAAAUUUAACGUACACUAAGCUAGGUUUUAUUUAUUUUUUAAAAAUUAAGUUUACAUUGUCAAAGUAUUUAUUUGAUUCCUGUGUAAAACAUCAAGGGAAUAUAGUAUUAUGGUAAAAUAAAUUGUUUUAAAUGAAAAUAAUUUUAUUAAUAACCUUAAAAAAAAUUAUUGUAUUCUAAAAAAAAAUAUUAAUUAAUGGAGAUUUAUGUAUAAUAAUUUUUGAUUGACACAACUUUUUCAGGGUCAUGAGGGUUAUGAACCACAGAAGAUGAAGCCUCAUAUUUUUAUGCGUUCUUGUUUUGAUGAGCUAAAGCCAAGCACAAAAAGAGCAUAGAAAUAUUUUAGAAAAAGUAUGCUUGUUAGUAUUAUGUCAUUUCUUCUCUAGAAUACAAGACUAAUUUUACCCUCUCACAAACUGCACUAAAGAUAUUUUAUUAUGGAAACAUAUUCAUUUGCUUCUUAUCACAGACAGAAGAAAAUAAUUUUUUUUAUUAUUCUUUGAAAUAGUUUUUUUUAUUAUUCUUUGAAAUAGGUCUCAAAAUAAUGUUUCAGACUUAAUUGUUUUUACAGACUAGGCUUGUAAUCUACAUUUCCUGCACUAAAUAAGUUGUUAAGUUACAUAUGAUUGGGGGCAAAAUGUGUCAUUUUGAGGAUGAAGAUAAUGUAGUAUAACAUUUUUUCAAUAAAUAUAAUAAAUAAAAAAUUUUUAAAAUUGUGAAUGUCUUGGAGUGAAGAGAGUUGAGAAAUAUGUUUUAAGAUGUCAUUAAAAUAAUGAGGGGAUAUAAAGAUCGGGGACCACUUAUUGUUUGUUUUAAAAACAAUUACCCCUCCUGCCAAAGUAAUUGAAGGUCAACCCUCCCACCAUUGUUAUUUAGAGGUACAACCUG